UGCAGUUGUGCUCAAUUGUUUUGUACGGUCUUUCGCUUGUUGGUAAAUGAGACCUUUUAACUGUACUCAUGUUCGAUGCAUGUAAAUCGAAGACAGCUUUGGCUGAAUGCACAUUUUGAUGACGUUGCAUGGCGCAUUGUGAUGACAUCACACGACACAUCCUGGCCCAUAUCUGUGGAAAAUCGGUGGAAAUUAUGAAAAAUUGCAAGCUCAGAAUAUUUUCCUUGAUUUUGCGCUCAUGUCUGUGAUCGCAAAAUCGCUCAAUCGUGGAGGAACUGGUCAGCAUCCUCAGAAGCUCCAAGUUAGGGAGCAAAUGAGGGUCCAAAAUGAAAAGGAUAACAUACCUAACCUACAUGGUUAGAAGAUAGAUAACGAAGUCCAACAUUGCAGACAUAAACAUGCAACUUUAAAAAACACCUAGGUUAUGAAAGAUUCUAUAUGGAAAAUGUACCUGUCCUUUAGAACCACUAAAUGGCAAAGUUGGCUACCCCAAUCAAUGUGUAUAAAAAAACACUUUUUUGGAUUUGUAUAAAAAGCUCUUCCGCACUAUCGUGUGUGCAUUAACCAGUGGAUAAUGUUGUAGCUGCCAUAUUCUGUUACAGUAUCUGAUUUUAUUUUCUUAAUAACCGUUCUAAGAUUCCUCUCUACCUGUAAACCUAAAAAAGUCCUAAGUGGAAAUACUGUAAUAAAUAAAUAAAUAAAUAAGGUAGAAAUUAGUUAUAUUAAGUGACGAACACAAUUUAAGUCAGAUAAUUACAACCACAGUGAAGAAUUGUAUUGUUUUCUAAUGACUGACUUUUACUGUGUCCUUCUACUACUGCAGAAAAUAACUAGGCAUUUUUUCAAAAUAUGCCCUUUCUGCUAUUAAACUAAUGUUUUUCUUUACACACAGGAUUUGGUUAAAAUAGGAAUGAGUCAUUUUGAAAUUUUGUAUGCAUGUGAUGACUGUAAAGCCACAUCUGUUCCUAUUUCCUCUUGUCAUUCAUGACGCUUUGAGAUGACUUCACUUAUACCUUGCACACAUCCUGCUUAAACGUUUUAAUGGUCUAACGGUGACAGAGUGAGCCCGUGCAGUUUAAGAUGGAUUUUCUUCAGCCUCGGUCGUGGAAGCUGAUUCUGUUGAUGUGCCUCGGAGGACUCCUCCAGACUGAUGUCUGUGGAGGUCAGCAAUCGGUACAGAUCCAGAGUGGUCCAUUGUAUCGUGUGAAAGGAUUUCCAAUGUCCAUCUCCUGUAAUGUUAGUGGCCUUCAGAAUUCAAAGACUCAAGAGUUUGCUUUUUCAGUCUAUAAACCAAAGAAACCAGAGGUUCAAAUCCUGAUUAUUAGCACUAAUGACCAAAACUAUGCUUAUGCAAUGUACCGUAAAAGAGUGAAUGAGAAAAACAUUGUGAUUGAAAGGCUGUCAAAUACUUCAGUUCUCUUCCACAUUAAGUCCCUGGAAGAAGAAGAUUCUGGAAAAUAUGAAUGCGAAACUCCAAAUACAGAUUUUAGGUAUUUUGGAAGCUACAGUGCAGAUACAACGCUGAAUGUGAUUGAGAAUACUCUGAAGGCUUCCUACACUGGACCCGCAUCUCAUAGCAUCACUGAGGGUGAAUCCCUUGAACUACGUUGCCUAGUCUCCAGUCAAACCUUCCAACACACUCAUCUGUCUGUCACCUGGUAUCUGCGUGGUAGCACUGACUCUUCAUCACCCAUCAUCAGUUUGGACCGAGAUUUAACUGUGAGGCCUGGGCCACUGUUUGAAGAUAGAUAUCAUUCUGGGGCUAUAGCUAUGGAGAAGAUAGACGACACCAUCUACAGACUCAAAAUAAGUCAGGUAAAGCAGUCUGACAGUGGUGAGAUCUACUGCCUGGCUGAGGAGUGGAUCCAAGACCCAGAUUACUCUUGGUUUAGGAUUUGCCACAAGAACACCACAGCCUCCAACAUAGAGGUCAAAGCGCUAGAAACACCUGAUGUAGGGGGAUCUUUUGUUGCUCAAAUUCGGAUUCUGAAUGGGGACCUUGAGGAAGGAGACAUGUUGGAGAUCCACUGCAGCAUAGAUGCACAGAAUCUUCCUGAACAGCUCUUCUCCAUGACUUGGCUGAGAAACAACAUGGAAGUGGCUCAAAUUGGUCCCUCUGGCGUGCUGUCUGUAACUAACACCUAUGAGAAAAGAAACAAUGAUGGUGAGCUAAGAACUGUGAAGAACAAGGAUCGAAACUUCGUUCUCACUAUCCAACCAGUCAGGGCUGAAGAUCAGGGGAUAUAUCAGUGUAGAGCUGUACAAGAGGAGAAGACUGAGACUGGGUCCUUCAUCAAAGGAAAAAAACAGCUAUCACGUGAAGAAACUGUGCACAUCAGAGCCAAAGAGAGUGGUUUGGCUGUGGCCAUGACAAAGCAGCUGGUUAAUGUGAGUGAAGGAGAAACACUACAAAUCGACUGCCGUGUCUCUGGAGCCAAAGGGCUGCUGUCUGUGUCAUGGCAGCACAAAAAAACCACAAGCAGCUCUUUCAGUGAUAUCAUAACCCUGAGUCGUGAGGGGGUGAUGGGAGAUGUAGGGGCUCAGUAUCAGCACAGGGGCUUACGCACAUUUCGUUCUAAUGUUGCUGAUUUCGUUCUGGAGUUAAGUGGAGCUCUUGUGUCUGACAGCGGGGAAUAUAUGUGCACCGUGUCUGAGUGGAGCAUGGAGAGCAAUGGCAACCUGAAGAAAGUAAACAGCCAAUCACAGCAAGGCCAGGUUUCUGUUAAUUCUAUUGAUUCUCUCAUAAACGUGGGAUUGAAAAGUCGUGAUGUAAAUGUAAUCGAGAACUCGGUAAUAAAAAUGAUUUGCACAGUAAAAGCCCCUAAAGUUUCCUUAGCUGUGACGUGGAAGUUUGAAUCACGUAAUUCGACUGUUGAGAAAAACAUUAUCUGUAUGAAUCCUACUGGGGGAAUAUCCUGUGGAGCAGAUCAGCAGGACUAUCAGCUAGAUACUCGAGUGCAAGAAUCAGGCACAGAUUUUAUUCUCAAGGUGUUGAGAGCAAGAAAACGGCAAGAGGGACGUUACAAGUGCCAGAUUGAUGCAUACGAAAAAAAUGUUCAGAAAACCAAGAAACUGUCCAAUCCACUGGCCGUCACUGUACGCAGACCUGACAGCAAACUGUCUGUCUCCACCACCCUUAAGUCUCCUCUGAAAAUCCAACCCAACAGUGACAAAGUGAUUGAUUGCUUGGUGACCUCAGAAACUUCUAAUACUUCCCGUUUUGGAGUAACAUGGACACAUGGUACAGAGACUCUGCGGAAAAUGGACCCAGAAGGGGUGGUCACUCUGGAGAUGGACGAAAGGAUCAGCUUGAGAAGGACUAAGAGACAGACCUUCCAAUUGAUGAUACAACAGGUGAAGUUAACAGACAGUGGACAUUACCGCUGUUCAGUACAGGAAUGGAUUCAAGACCCUGAUGGCAUCUGGUAUAGCCUUGAUACAAAGUCUGUCACCAUGGAACUAGAUGUCUUUGAAAACGAAAGUGAUUUCAGCAUGGAUAAAUCUAAUGUUCAGCUAGAAGCCACGCAGGGAGAAGAGGUGAAACUAAUCUGCUCACUGGGGCUUGGUGGAUCUGACCCCGCAUUUCGGUACUCUCUGAGCUGGUUCUUUCAAAGACAAGAUCAGAGUUUGUCCACCGUUAAGCUGCUUACCUACAGCCAUGACGGACGUCUGCAGUUCCAAGAAUCUGAUCCAGAACUUCAACGUAGACUUUAUUUCACUAGACCCACUAUUAAUGACUUCCAUCUGUCCAUCUUGAACUCCAUCCCAUCUGACAGUGGAAGCUAUUACUGUCAGGUAGAUCAAUAUCAGGCUGAUUGUAAAAGCAAAUGGGAAAGGAAGGCGAGCGACAUAUCAGGUUUUACCAAUCUCAGUGUACAUUUUAUAGAGAGUAAGCUGCAAGUACACAAAGCCAGCCACUUUCUCAACGUUAGUGAUAUUCAGCCCGGCUUUGUGGUGAAGUGCGAGAUCAGCUCCCGCUCCAGUGAUAAGUCUGUGUUUGAAGUGACCUGGUCCAGGAAGCAGAGAGAUGAGCGGCCUCUGACUAUUUUCACCGCAAGACGAGAUGGCACUCUAGACAGCAAGAUCCUUGAUAGAACGCUGGUAUUUGAUCGGCCCAGUACUACCCGUUACACACUCACUUUCCCCAACGUCGAUCCCUCUGAUAACGGCCAGUACCAGUGUCAGGUUGUGGAAUGGAUACAGACAGCUGCUAACAUCUGGAGGAAGGUGGCUGAAGACAAAUCAGGAGAACUUUCUAUCAAUGUCCAUGCUCAUGCCGGAGGUCUUUCAUAUGAAAAUGCAUGCUCUUCUGGAGUAAUACUGAGCACCCUCGUUCCUCUGCUUUGCAUCCUGAUUAUGGUUAUCAUAAUUCUCCUGUUUAAAGCUCAGAAGACAAAGUCCAUUUCAAAAAAACAGAAGGACUCUCUUUGGGUUGAGAAUACCCCGCUCAAGGCUAUGACGGAAACAGAAUAUCAAGUGACGUCAUGAAUACGGGCAUUUUUCUCAGUGUGAAAAAGCAUAUCAACGAGCAUGUCUCAAAGACUGAUAAGAUUAACAUAUGCACUUUUUUUUACACCUUAAAAAGUAAAAUAAAUAAAUAAAUAAAUCAUUUUGAGCGUUACCAUUAUAACGAGUUUAGAGUUUUCGAUUCACAAAGUGCACCAUAGGGUGAUGGCAACAAUCAAUCAUCUAUAAGGAGUAAUGUUAUAUGGUGUGAAGCUUUACAAUGAAUAAAAAAUGCUUUUAACUUCCAUGGUGUAGUAGUAUUAUAAUACGUUACGACUUAAAACUAGGCUUAUUAAGUGGUACGAUUCUGUUCCUGUGUAUGAUUUUAUCUGAGUGUCAGUGGAACAAUUAUUUAAAUUUAAAUGUGUCAGACAGCUGUAAUUGUCACACCACCUUGUAAAAAGGGAAGUUAGAUCUUGUGGUAAUGUGAGCUGAGCAAGUGUUCUGUAACGUCUUGUGGUCUUUGUCUCUCACGUAGGCAGUACAACAAACACGCAGUGAGGAAGGGAAAAAAAACUUGCUUCAACAAAAUAUAUCUACUUGCUUUGGAUAAAUGAAGUUAAUGCAUUAAUAGCUGGCAUAUCUGUGAUCUGGAAAAUGUAUGGUGUACAUUCAGUUUGUUUUAGAGGGGUGUGUGUGUGUGUGUGUGUGUGUGUGUGUGUGUGUGUGUGUGUGUGUGUGUGUGUGUGUAAAUAGAGUAUCCUUUUUAAUGGAAGGGGUUUAAAGGUUUUGUUGUGUACAUGGACCUUGGUGAUUCCCCAGAAGUCUUCAUUUCUGUAUAAUUGUUUCUCUGCAGUCUUUUGCUAUUUAUAAUGCACCAUGUGAUUAAGUAAUUAUGAGUCACAAGAGUUUUUCAUUAAAACUGAAUAAUAUACCAACCUGGCUAUUUAUGAAAUGUCUAGAGGAAAUGUUUUUGAAAAUAAAAGCUGAGUGUGAGCAUU